GCAGCCGGCACGGCCGCCGGGCCAAACCAGGGGCUGAGGGCAGCGGCUCGGCCCCCGGGAACCAUGUUCUCCCGGAAGAAACGGGAGCUGAUUAAAACCCCCUCCAUCUCCAAGAAGAGCCGGGCGGGAAGCCCCGUCCCGCAGACCCCGCCGGACCUCUCCCGCAAGGAUUGCCUGGAGGCACCAGGCUCCAGCCUGGGGGACCUGCCCACGGCCAGCGCCAAGCUCAGCACCAGCCCCAGCACCGUGGGCACCCUGAAGCGCCCCACCAGCCUCAGCCGCCAUGCCAGUGCCGCCAGCUUCCCCCUGCCCGCGGCCCCCCGCGCCAUGGCCAAGGGACACAGGACCCCCACGUCCUACAGCCCCAUGGAGGGCGGGGAGGGCCCCUUCAUCGACCCCGAGGACAUCUCCCAGCUGCUGGCGGACGUCGCCCGCUUCGCCGACGCCCUGGAGAAGCUGCGGGAUGUGGUGCUGCGCGAUGACCCCAAGGAGCCCCAGCGGCCGCUGGCCCACGAGUGCUUGGGCGAAACCCUGCGCAUCCUGCGCCAGGUCAUCAACAAGUACCCACUGCUCAACACCCUGGAGACCCUGACAGCUGCUGGGACCCUCAUCUCCAAAGUCAAGGGGUUCCACUAUGAAUCCAACAAUGAGGCAGACAAGCGGGAGUUCGAGAAGGCCGUGGAGACCAUCGCUGUGUCCUUCAGCAGCACGGUGUCCGAGUUCCUCAUGGGGGAGGUGGACAGCAGCACCCUCCUCUCCAUCCCACCCAGUGACCAGAACCAGAGUAUGGAGAGCCUCUACGGGGGGAUCCCUGGGCCUGGAGGAGACGGUGUGCCUGUGGGCAUGGAGAGCUACAACGCGGCCCGUCCUGCGGCCGAGGAGGUGGAUGUGAUGCUGCAGCGCUGCGAGGGGGGGGUGGAUGCUGCACUCCAGUACGCCAAAACCAUCUCCAAGUACAUGAAGGACCUGAUCUCAUACCUGGAGAAAAGGACCACGCUGGAGAUGGAGUUUGCUAAAGGGCUCCAGAAAAUGGCAAACAGCUGCAAGCAAACCAUGAGCCAGGAGACCAACAUGCCUUUCCUGUCCAUCUACCUGCUGGCCCUGGAGCAGGACAUGGAGCAUGGGACGUCGGUUCUGCAGGCAGCCAACACCCUGCAGCACCAAACCUUCCUCCAGCCGCUGAUGGUGAGACGCCUCGAGCACGAGAAGCGGAGGAAGGAGAUCAAGGAGCAGUGGCACCGGGCACAGAGGAAACUGCAAGAGGCCGAGGGGAACCUGCGCAAGGCCAAGCAGACGUACAUGCAGCGCAGCGAGGAGCACGACAAGGCCAAGUACGUGGCGGUGAAAGCGGAGGAGGAGCAGCAGAACACGACCAGCAGCAUCACCACCAAAACCCUGGACAAGAAGAGGCGGCUGGAAGAGGAAGCCAAGAACAAGGCAGAGGAGGCCAUGGCCACGUAUCGCACCUGCGUGGCCGAUGCCAACACGCAGAAGCAGGAGCUGGAGGACACCAAGGUGAACUCCCUGCGGCAGAUCCACGAGGUGAUCAAACAGAGCGACCAGGUCAUCAAGUCGGCCACCAUCUCCUUCUACCAGACCAUGCACAUGCAGACGGCGCCGCUGCCCGUGAACUUCCAGACGCUGUGUGAGAGCAGCAAGCUGUACGACCCGGGCCAGCAGUACGCGUCCCACGUGCGGCAGCUGCAGCGCGGGGACGAGCCCGACGUGCAGUACGACUUCGAGCCCUACGUGUCCCACAACGCCUGGUCCCCGUUUUCUCGGACACGGAAGGGCAGCUUCAACGCCAGCGAGUUCUCCACGAGUGCCGAGGGGGCCGGGGCCGGCUCUGAAGGAGGGGCAGGAGCCAAGGAGCCUCCGAGCGGGGCCGAGGCGGCCGAGCGGAGGGGUGGGAGGGGACACCAGGUCCAUAAAUCCUGGCCAACCACUGUUGCUGAUGCUGAAAGCAGCCUGGAUUCCAAUGCAGGUGAAUUCAGCCACAAGCUCCAGCGGCUCUCGUCCAACGGCACCGUGUCCUCCAGUGAGGAGCUGGAGGAGAAGGAUGAGACCACCACCCCCUUUGAGCAGAGCAUCAAUGGGAUCAGCCCAGAGCUGGCAGCUCCCACGGGGCCCUUCCGGAAUGUUGGCUUGUCCAAGGCUGCCCAGACCCAUCGGCUGAGGAAGCUCCGUGCCCCUUCCAAGUGCCGGGAGUGCAACAGCUACGUGUACUUCCAGGGAGCCGAGUGUGAGGAGUGCUACCUGGCCUGCCACAAGAAGUGCCUGGAGACCUUGGCCAUCCAGUGUGGGCACAAGAAGCUCCAAGGGAAGCUGCAGCUCUUUGGGCAGGACUUCACAGAGGCAUCUCGGGGCAGCCCGGACGGGAUCCCCUUCAUCGUCAAGAAGUGCAUUUUGGAGAUCGAGAAGCGGGCUCUGAAAACCAAGGGCAUCUAUCGAGUUAACGGUGUCAAGACCCGCGUGGAGAAGCUCUGCCAGGCCUUUGAAAAUGGGAAGGAGCUGGUGGAGCUGUCCCAGGCCUCCCCCCACGACAUCAGCAACGUCCUGAAGCUCUACCUGAGACAGCUGCCGGAGCCCCUGAUGCCCUUCAGGCUGUACAACCAGCUGAUGGGGCUGGCCAAGGAGAGCCUGCAGGGCGGGGAGGCCAAGGGCCGGGGUGGGAAGGGCGGCCCCGAGCUGGUGGACAGAGGAGCCGACACCGACCGGGUGGUGCUGAGCCUGGUGCUGAAGCUGAGGGAGCUGCUGAAGGAGCUUCCCUACGAGAACAUGGCCACGCUCCAGUACCUCCUGCAGCACCUGAGGAGGAUCAUGGAAGUGGAACAGGACAACAAGAUGACCUCAGGCAACCUGGGCAUCGUCUUUGGGCCAACACUGAUGCGUCCCAGGCCCACGGACGCCACGAUUUCCUUGUCCUCACUGGUGGAUUAUCCCCACCAAGCUCGUAUCAUCGAGGCCCUCAUCAUCUUCUACCCCACCAUCUUCGAGCACAAGGAGGUGGCAGCACUGGCCGAGCCUGGCAGGCGUGGCUCAGGCGCCACAGAGGAGCCCACGGCUGCCCCCAGCACUGUCCCCUACCUGGACCUGCCUUCGGAGAAGGGGAAUUUGGCUUUCAGCGCCGACUCGCUCGCAGAGUCCGGCGACCGCUCCGUGGACUCCGACUCGGAGCUGGAGGAAGCUGGGGAGCCACGGACCCACCUGAGCAAGCAGGGCAGCGAGACCAGCACGGACGAGGCUCAGUUCUGUGAUGAGGGGAGCGAGGGGCCGCGGAGCCGCAGCUGCAGCGUGGGCCAGUCGGACACCGAGGGCUCCGGGCCCCGCUGCUGCAGCCCCGGGGACGAGCAGAGCGACGCGGAGGAGCCUCCCGAGAGCCGUGUCCCUGCUGCCCCCAGGGACACCACGAGCCAGCCCAGCACCCCUGUGGGUGCCAGGGGCCGUGAGCUGCAGCCCCGGCUCAUCUGAGCCACCGGACAGAACCACUGUGGGCACUGGGACAGGCAAAGGGGCAAAUCCCAGAGACUGCCCAGACACAGAAACCUGUGGAGGUGGAGGGGUGGGAGGGAUGCUCAGAGCUGCAGGGGCCAGGGGGGUUUGGUGUGUCAGCUGCAGGCAAGUCCUGGCUGGUUCCUGGCUGGAGCUUUCACACAAAACCCCUGAGCCCCCUGGCAGGGGAAUGGGGGCACAGCCUGCCAGGACCUGGCUCAGCCUGGCAGCCGUGAAGCACCAGCUCCAGGAGACAGGGGCAGACCCUCCUUGUGUGCUUGUUGAGGACUGGGAAGGAAACCAGGGCUGUGCUGUGCCAUCUGCCCUCACUGGCACUGACUGUGCCUGGCACCUGGAGCCCAGGAUGGAUUUCCUGCCCCCAAAGCCACCAGGGCUCCCCUGGUACCAGCUGACGGCGUCUGUGUUGCUGCUUGGAUCGAUGGGCAUUUGGAUCAAUGGGCAUUUCUCUCCUUGGCAGGAGCCACGCCAAGAGCAGCUGCAGGCUGUGGUCGGGCUCGGGGCAGGUUGGCCUGGCUGCAGGGUCCUGAGCACUGCUGAGCUCUCAGGGGGUUGGUUUUACAGUCAUUUGGUCUCCAAAGAGCUGCAAGUCCAGGAUCAACCCUCUGCUCUUGGAGCUGGGCAUGGAGCAAGUCCCCAUGGAGAGGUGCUUCUUCCUCCUCCUCGGGGCCACCACAUCCCAAAUCCAUCCCCAGCCCUGGCCAGUAUAAUCUUGAGCUUCCUUUUCUGUAAAGAGAUGAAUCAACCCUUCAACACGACUCCACUACCUCUGCUGGCAAAGGGACUAAAGCCAAAGUGGGUAUUUUUUUAAAGCUACAAGACUUUUCUGCACUGAGGCACAGAGAGACAAGUAGAUUUUUAGCUGGGAAUGAGCUGAGAGCCAUCUCCUCCCGUUGCCCUGCCUGUGGGACACAGGGGUGGUGCUGGGGUGUCUCAGGCACCUCAGUACUGCAGGUGAUGGACAGGAGGUCUGAGCCCCUCGGGGCUGAUGGAGACACAUCUCAGCAAAGGUACAGAACCCCAGGUGAACUCACAGGGAACUGGUUUGAGCCAGGGAAGAGCUGGAGACCCCCCCGGGAGCUGUUGCUGCCCCACAGCUCUUCCACAGGACAGUUGGGAUUUUCCAGCAGGCCAUUCCCAGGGCACAGGGGGGUCUGGGAGUGCUGCUGCCACGGCGGUACUGUGUGUGUGUGUGAGGGUGGGUGAGGAUGAUGAGGGUGGGUGUGAGUGAGGGAAGGGCGAAGGCUGCGCUUGAGCUUCCCAGGGCCACAGCUCCCUCCUGGCUGUGUCCCCUCGGUGUCUGUCCUGCUGCUGCUCGGCGCUGUCACGUCCCUGCUGUGGUCACAUGGACAUGCUUCCAAAAAACGAAUAAAAUCCGUGUGUUCCAACCCGUGUUUGUCCUGGA